AUGCCUAUUCACAAAAAGAAAUAUACCACCCCUAACGUGCAGCAUUUCUCGCUGAACCCUCCUGGUGUCAAAUCUUACUUAACAUUUCAUUUCAAGCCUAGAUGGGACCUGCUAAGCAGGAAGGAUGCCUUGGCUGCUUCUAAAUACGUCCCAUAUCCAACCCUUCCUUGUGUCUUAAUUCCUAUUCCCGAUCAUCCGCUGCGCCCGCCUGUCAUGCACUAUGGAUGGAUUGCCGACAUCGACUUUCUCCUCGAACUGGCCAAAGAGCUCAACUGUGUUAGGAUGUAUAUGUGUUCGGCGGACUUAUACGGUCCUGACGAUGAUGAUUUGGAUGAGGAAGACGAAGAUACUGUGGACAAAGAGUGUGCCGACAGUGCUCCUGCACAGGAACUCCUUACUGGGACAAAUAAACCUGAAAGAGGAUCGCGAGAAUCCAAAGUCCAGUACGCAGCCAGACUGGCAGGCUGGGAUGAAUAUAGGACAUUGCUCAACGUAGUGCAAAUUAUUGCGAAGGGGUUUGAUGCCUGUCCACGCACGCUAUCUCUUUCCAGCACCCUCUUUUGCGAUGAUACACCCAUCGUAAUCUCAGUGUUUACAAACUAUGAUCUCGACAACACACAACUCCCCACAACGGAUGUUUUGGAUGAACUGGCGCGUCGACUGGGUCUGCAAGGAAAUGCUCGGUGGUACUUGGACUCAUCUAAAUGGCGAUGGGAUGACAAUGGCCAACCUUAUUGA